AUGUAUGAGCAUUAUGCAGAGAGGGCUGGUUUUUCGACCCGUUUGGGGACGUCAAAGAAAGAUAAAGCUAAAGGAAUAAUCAAACUCCGGUACAUUUUGUGUUCUCGAGCUAAUAAGCCCAAAGACCAGGAAGCGGGUAAUUCUAGUUCUCCUAAACGAUGCCGUAGUAUAAAAGCUACAGAUUGUAAGGCAUGUGUUAAAAUUAGGCGAGUAAAAAAAUCUACGGAUUACGUUGUUUACAAAUUCAUUGAACAACAUAACCAUGGUCUAACGUCACCUGAGAACUUAGAUUUAUCACGCAAGAAAAGGAAGCUAGACUUUGCGGCUAAACAGCUUAUUGCUGAUUGUCGCAAUGCAAACAUUGGCCCGACGAAAGCACACAAUAUAUACGUUGUUUUAAAGGGAGGUCACCAAAAUGUUCGUGGAACAUCUACCGAGUUUAAGAACUUUGGAAGAGAUAUCCGGGAAUUCAUUGGUGACAGAGAUGCACAAAUGGUCGUUGACAAAUUCAAUGAACGGGUGGAAAACAAGCAAAAUUACACGUUUAAUACACAUAUCGUUGAGAAGGAACUUCAGUUGAUGUUUUGGUGUGAUGGAGUCUCAAAAAUAAAUUAUCACGCUUUUGGCGAUGUAGUGGCAUUUGAUGUAACGUACGAUAUGAUAUUUGUCCCCUUUACCGGGGUUGAUCAUCAUAAGAAGUGUACAAUAUUCGGGGCUGGAUUGAUUCACAACGAAACCGUUGAGUCAUACUCAUGGCUUUUACAAAAGUUUUUAGAAGUGCACGAUGGAAAACAACCUCUUAUGAUAUUAACCGAUCAAGAUUGCGCCAUGAAGCAAGCCGUAAACAUUGUAUUUGAUAAGUUUGUUCAUAGACUAUGUAUGUGGCACAUCACCAAUAAAAUACCAGCUAAGAUAAAGGGCAGUGACGAAACGAAUGCUGAGUUAAAGAAACAGAUCCACAAAUUGGUGUGGAAUGUUUACAUAGAACCCCACAGGUUUGAAAAGAGAUGGAAUUUACUCAUGACCGAGUAUGGUUUGGAAGAUCAUGCUUGGAUGAACGAAAUUCCCCAUAAUACGUUGGUGCAGUUUAUGCUUUGCUACGAUACAUCGGUGGAUAAGCUACGUAACAAACAGCGUAAAAUGUCUUAUGAGACAGACACAACCAAUCCCGAGCGUUACAAAACAUCGUUUCCAAUAGAACGUCAUGCCAAUGAAGUAUAUACACGCACAUUAUUCUGGGAAGUUCAAAAGGAGAUUGAAAAGUCUAACAGUUUGUGUUAUGUUGCCGAAAGAGGAAUGGUUGAUGGAGUUAAUACGUAUCUUGUUGCUCAUCAAGAUCACACCAAAGAAAUUGUGAAUGAGUUUAAGGUAACUUUCAACAAAAGUGAUUUUACAGUUUCAUGUGUAUGCAUGGGUUUUACCCGGGUUGGGUAUCUUUGCCGACACGUGUUUUGCGUAUUCAUGCAUCACAACGUUUUUCAGAUUCCAGACAGAUACAUACAUCCUAGAUGGUGUAGAGAUGCUAUCCCAUCUAGUGUACACUUCCUGGAGAAUAGGUUAUGUGACGACCAAAGUAGGAGUGGUGUGUUGUGGCGCGGGAUUUGUGAUAACGUGAACAUGUGUAGAGAUAGGGUACGUGGCAACAUUGAGAAAUUACAAGAGUUAAGUGACCAGAUUCAAGCUAUUAAAGAUAAGCUUUUUAGCGAGAUACCGUACGAUGAUUCAAUCAAUAAAAAGGAUGUUGUGAUAGAGGAUGUAAUUGCGCAUAAACAACCAGCUGAGGUUUCUUGCAUGGCACCGCGGAAAAUACGCAACCAAGGAUGUGGAAAGCAUAAUCGAACAGGGGAGCCGGUUAAGGACGACUCGACAACCGACGGAGAAGAUGAGAUAUACGAAGACGACGAAGAAACCGAAGAAUCUGGAUCUGAGGAUUCUGUUGACUUAGCGGCUUGGUUGCAGAACUCGAUUUUGUUGACGUUCGAGUAUCCGACCCCCCUUCCCCCGAACAAUGAUGAGAUCCCCCAGCUUGUGCUACCAGAUACCGGAUUCUCAACCUCACCAGCUGGCUGGGACCCAGCUUGA